AUCGUUGUCCUUUCUCUCUCGCACUGUGGGAUGUCAUUGCUGUGAGGCGGUUUGGUGUUAUUAGAGUUAUUACAGACUGUUAUUAGUGUUGUUGUGAGUUGGUGUGAGAGUGUGUGAGAGUGUGUAAGAGUGUGUGACGGUGUGUGUCGGUGAUGUCGAGCUACUCGGCGGAGGAGAAGCUCCGGCUGCAGCAGUUAUGGUCCCUGCGGCGCCGCUGGCUGAAGGAGCAGGAGCUCAGCUCUCGGGAGCCGGUCAGCAGAGCCGCGGCUCCGGGCCGAGUGCAGGCCUUCUGGAGCUCCUUCCUCCAGCCUCAGACCCUCUGGAGGAUCUACGCAUUUAAGGCGUAUAGUGCAGGUGCGUUCGCUCUGACCCGUGUCCUCAUUCCAGCCUGGGUCGUCCACUACUAUGUCAAAUAUCACCUCAGUAAAAAACCAUACAGUGUGGUGGAGCUGAAACCCAGACUGUUCCCAGGAGAUACCAUCCUGGAGACGGGGGAGGUGAUUCCCGAGCUGCCGGAGACUCACGGCCACGCCCACCACUGAGCAGCACACCUGUAACCUGCACGACUCUGUACAUACCUCUGUAUCUGAUAAUAAAGAGCUUCACACACA